GCCGAGACUCCAUCAACCAAGAAGACUCGUAUUAAAAAGACGAUUGAAAUAGCGAUUAUCUCCCCUAAUUCUGACUUUAUUUAAUACUUAAUACCGUUGGCACAGACUGCUCUCCUUCGCGGGCAAGGUAAGAUGCCUGCUCUUCCCCGGGCACCUCUGCCUUGCCUCUCCUCUGUACUCCAGCUACCAUACUUUGUGCUAAUAAACUAUGGAAUCUGCGACAACUUUAAUUACAACACUCACAAGAAUCAAAGCAGUACCAUCAUGAAUAAGCCAUUAUGAAAAAAUUUGGCUGACAGCAGGGGUGAUAGGAACAUGUGAGAAUUUUGAUGUGUUGAAGGGAAUGACUCACCCUAAGUUGCACAAAGCCCUUGGACAGUGAUUAGACUCUGUGAGCAUUUAGGUCUCUUGCAUUAUUUCCAUUGAUAAAUAAGUGAGGAAUGUGCGAUCUAUGAGCUAUGACUUGAGGAGCCAUGCUCAGGUUUCCUAGUCCUGCCUGCUGUGACAGGUAGAGCAGGGUAUAUUGCAAAAAAUUGAAAAUUACGAAAUUACACUUAUAACAAGAGUUACAGGCUGCCUCAAGAAAUAGUAUGGAGUCUGUUCAAGGAAAACAUUCUCUUACAGUCUUGAUAUAGCAUAUCAAAUGACAAAUAUAGGCAGUGGAAAAUGGUACAAAUGGUCUCCCCUAAGCAAUAACAUUGCCAAGGGGUGGCAAGGAGUCUUGUUACUGCAUACGAAUGUUUGAGUUGGCCAGGCUUGCAAGCUGCACACCUGUGAGAAUCACCAAUCAAACUCUAAAGUACUAUGUCUCGUGGAAGGGAUCGGGAUCGCCGUCGGUCCCACUCUCGCAGCAGAAGUAGGAGCAGGAGCAGGAACCGUGAAACCUCGCCUAAUCGUCGUGGUGUGUCAGAGGUUACUUCUGACCCCAAGACUGUUAAUGCAAGGAUCUUUGUUGGCAGCAUCAAUGCCUUCAUAACACGCGAUAUGCUUCAAGAAUACUUCUCACAGUAUGGCAGAGUUUUGGGGGUUUCGAUUACAAGGAACAAGUUUGGUUUUGUCCAAUUUGAAAAGGAAGAGGAGGCUGCUGCUUGUCUUAGGGCUGGAAACAUCACAUAUAUCAACCGCAACAGAGUUGAUGUGAAGCCAGCAAAAAUUAGUGGUGGUGGAGGUGGAGGACCAGGACCAGGACCAGGACCAGGACCAGGACUAGGACUAGGAAUGGGAGCAGGAGGAGGUGGUGUGGGUGGAGGUGGUGGAGGUGGAGGCGGAGGUGGAGGUGCAGGUGCAGGUGGAGGUGGAGGUGGAGGUGCAGGUGGAGGAAGUGGAAGUUCACAGGGACCCCCAGGUAACAAGAAUGCAGGUGGUCCCCCAGGGGGGAAACGAGGCCGUUUCAGUGAGAACAGAGAGAGAUCUCCCCCGCCAGAUAGAGGCGAUGACUAUUAUGGGGACUACUAUGGACGUGGAAGAGGGAAUGGCAAUGUAAACAGAGAUCGAGAGAGAGACAGGGACCGGGCAGGACGAGGGCAUUAUGAUGACAUAUAUGAUGACUACUACCGUGAUUAUUAUCAGAGAUAUGAAGAUGCUUACCCUGGUCCUGCCCCAACUCCAGAAGUUGACGGGAGAACUUCACGCACUUAUGCCUCUAACUACACAGAGCCUCUUGAUCCACUAGAUCCCAACAGGCCCAACGACGUGGAAAUUGUGGUUCCAAAUAAAAUGCAAAGAGAUUAUGCUGAGAGCAUUGAACAGCAGCUGAAGUCCGUCAACCUGCUGGUGGACCUCCUGUUCCCCCCGCCUGAUAUCCCUGCCACUCAAGUGCUACGUGACCUCAGCCAACGUAACUGCCUGUAUGCGAUUUUCAUCACAGGAGAGAAUGAAAGCCAUAGGUCCCUCACUCUGAACAUACUCCAUGGCACUCCGCAAGAGCACCGCAACAUGCCGGUUGAUGAUGCUUUGCGUUUAAUUGAACAAAAUUUUGGAGAAUAUGUCAAGAAAGCCCGUCAACGGAAUAUUCGUGAAGUUGUGCCCCGAGAUAUUCGCAUUUUGAUCUGUGAUUUACUUGACUCGCGUCCGCUCUCCAUGGGCGACCUGGACAAGUUAAUCAAGUACCUGAAGGAACGGCAAAGCAUACUGGUUGAUGACCAGAUAGAACAGAAACGAGAGACUGCUGCAGGAGCCAGUGCAAGUCGUCCCAUGGCAGUUACAUACCCUGGGUAUAACUAUGGCUCUAACAGUGUGGUUGGUUCAGGGACACCAGUUAGUCAGAGCACAACAGCAGCAGCAACAGCUAGUGCUGCAACUGCAGGUACAGCAUUGACUGCUGCAGUUAAUGUUGUCCCUCAGAAUGCAGCAGCUGCUGCAGCUGCUGCUGCAGCUGCCGCUGCUGUUUCAGGCACUGCUUACCCAGCAUACGGUGGCAUGGCUGGUGUGUAUGGCGCUUAUGGUUUGGCACCACAGGUUCCAGCCACCCCAGUAGCACCGCCCAUGAUAACUCAUGGGGCUGUGGGCAGUACAGGAAACAAGCAAAGUGAAUUGCAGGAGAGAAUAUUGAAUCUGAUGAAGGGAACUACAGCUGGUGCAGUGCCCACAGGUGUCCCACCUCCCUCUGGUGUCCCUCCACCCACUGGUGUGCCCCCACCCUCAGGGGUGCCUGCCCCAAGCAUGGUGCCACCUGCCUGGUCUACAGGGGUGUCAACUCACACCAACAAGGUCAGCACCACAGGCAUAAAGCCCACUCAGUCGGCCCCGCCGGGGCAGAGCACUCUUUUUGCUGCCUAUAACCCGUGGAACCAAUGAGCUUCUUUAGAAACCGUGCGCAUUGUGUAGAGUACGAAACACCAUUAUUUGAGAAACAUCAACAAUUUCCUCCAAUUUUCUGAGAGAUACCUUGUCUGCGUAUGACACUGGAAAUGAUGGACUGAACAUUUUCGCGGAUUUUUCUUUCUAUGCACCAUUAACAGGAUACAAACACUUGAGAACAACAAUAAACCUGACAUUUAAUGUUAAUCAUGAGUUAUUUUGUAGAUGUGUGGGUGAUCUUAGGCAAAAAUGGGGGAGAAUUAAAAACAAGGCACUUUUAGACACAGUGGCUUCCUAGAUAGGUUGAAGUAUAGAAGUAUCUGAAAUGAUAAAUAAAGGCAUUGAACCAUGAAUGAACUCUGGAAAGGUCGGAAGUAGAGAAAAGACCAGAUAUUUUAGAAAAGUAGUACUUAUCAAGAAUGAAAAGAGUUUUCAGAGAAUCUAAAUAUUUGCAAGUGAUUUGAAUUCCUGAGUGAAAUAAUGUAUUUCUGAUUUUUUAAGUGGGUCUCCAUUUAUUUUUUAUGAACUAAGUUUUGUAAUGAUAUAUUGAAAAAGAGUUGAAGAAUAAUCAGAGUGUAUACUAUGCACAUGCAUCUCCUGAUAAGAACUGAACUAGCAUGGAUUUUAGGACACACAAUUAUCUGAUGUGUCUUAAACACAGUGAUUAAGUGGUUGUUAUGACUUGCUCUUUGAUUUUUCUCUCAUUUUGUAACAAAUUUAUGCACAUGCACACACACACACACACACACACACACACACACACACACACACACACACACACACACACACACACACACACA